AUGAAGGUCUUCUUUAUUUCUCUGGCUCUUGCUUCCUCUGCCAUCGCGGCGUCCAUCGCCAGAGCCAGCACCACCUGCGAAAGUAACCAGGUUGUUGUUUGCAGUGGCAAUGGCAAUGCCGGCCUUAUCUCCCUGGGUAAUAUCGCCCCGGGCCUGCUCGGGGAGAGUUGCUCUGGCGGGGAUGUCUACUGCUGCUCCGAAAAAGACGUCGAACAGUAUGGUCUUAUAAACCUAAACCUGAAUGUCCAAUGCAGCCUGAAUCGUGUUCUGUGA